GCUGCAGAGAGGCUGUGCAGUCAGGCUACAGCACCGCCCGCCUGCCGGAUAAAAAAAAUAAAGCUGAGUGAGAUCGUGCUGGCUGGACUCUGUGCUUCAUUGGACUGCUCUCUGUGUUUUUGUGGGCGUUUCUACCUCCGACGGCAGAAUGUGGGGCAUUUGCAGCAGAUCUUUGGUGGGGAUGGCGAAACCCUGCGGUUUUGUGAAGACCAGUUUCUUGGUCAAACCGGUAUCAGCCACUCGAGUCGCUGGCCGAUACCUCACCCACCAGAAGGGGCUGCCAUGCCUGCCUGUCCCCCCUCUGCAGCAGACCUGUGAGCGAUACCUUGCCGCCCUAGAGCCCAUUGUGGAGGCAGAUGAGGUGAAGCGCACCAAAGGGCUGCUGGAGGAGUUUCAGCGAGCUGGAGGGCUUGGAGAGAGGCUGCAGAGGGGUCUGGAGAAGAGGGCAUCCAAAACUGAGAACUGGCUGUCCCAGUGGUGGGUUCAGGUCGCUUACCUCGACUAUCGUUUGCCUGUGGUCGUCCAUUCGAGUCCUGGGUUGGUUUUGCCUCGCAUGAACUUCAGUGAUAAGAAAGGACAAAUAAGGUUUGCAGCUAAACUGAUAGCAGGCGUUUUGGAUUUUAAGACAAUGAUCGAUAAUGAAACUCUUCCGGUCGAGUACCUGGGAGGGAAGCCUCUCUGCAUGAAUCAGUACUACGAGGUGCUGUCGUCCUGCCGGAUCCCCGGUCUGAAGAGGGACUCGGUGGUGAACCACGCCAAGAGCUCACGACCCCCCAAACACAUCACCAUAGUGCACAACUUCCAGUUCUUCGUGCUGGACGUGUACAACAGCGACGGAACUCCACUGACUGCAGAUCAGCUCUGCAUCCAGCUGGAGAGGAUCUGCAAUGCCUCAACAAACUCCAACUCGGAGCCUGUCGGCAUCCUCACCACGCAGCACAGAGACUCGUGGGGCAAAGCCUACCUCAACCUCAUCAAAGAUAAAACCAACAAAGAGUCAGUGCUGGCAAUCCAGAGGAGCAUCUUCACGCUGUGUCUGGAUGGAGCGAUGCCUCGGGUGUCUAAUGAGCUUUACCGCAGCUGUGCCGCCAUCCAGAUGCUGCACGGAGGAGGCAGCCAGUGGAACAGUGGCAACCGCUGGUUCGACAAGACGUUGCAGUUCAUUGUUGGAGAGGAUGGGGCGUGUGGAGCAAACUAUGAGCAUGCUCCGGCUGAAGGUCCCCCCAUCGUAGCCCUGAUCGACCACGUUGUAGAGUACACGAGGAAGCCUGAGAUGGUGCGCUCUCCCAUGGUGCCUUUACCCAUGCCGCGGAAAUUAGACUUCCACAUCACUCCGGAUAUCAAGAAAGACAUCGAGGAGGCCAAGAACAGCAUGAACACACUGGCCCAUGAACUGGAUAUGAGGGUGAUGGUUUUUGGACACUUUGGAAAAAACUUCCCAAAAGCCCACAAGAUGAGUCCUGAUGCCUUCAUCCAGAUGGCGCUGCAGCUGGCCUACUACAGGAUGUACCAGCACUGCUGUGCCACAUAUGAAAGCGCCUCCCUGCGGAUGUUCAGACUCGGUCGUACAGAUACGAUACGAUCUGCUUCACGUGCCUCAGCCGCCUUCGUCAGAGCCUUUGACGAUGCCAGCAAACAGAACUCUGAGAAAGUGGAUCUAAUGGAGAAAGCUGUAAAGGCUCACAGGUCGUACACUAAUAUGGCAAUCAGUGGUCAGGCCAUUGACCGACACCUGCUGGGUCUGAAGAUGCAGGCCGUCGAAGAGAACCUCUCCGUCCCCGACGUCUUGAAAGACGCCGCCUAUACUAAAGCCUUACACUACCGACUGUCUACCAGUCAGGUCCCAUCCCAGACCGACUGCGUCAUGUGCUUUGGCCCGGUUGUGCCCAACGGGUACGGUGUGUGCUACAACCCCAUGAACGACCACAUCAACUUUGCCGUGUCGGCUUUCAAUAGCUGCAAAGAAACAUCCGCGGCACAGCUGGCUCAGGCUGUGGUGGACGCGUUGCUGGACAUGAGGACACUGCUGGAGCAAACGCCGAGAGCCAAACUGUGAGGCUCCAACAGAACGUUUCCAGAGAUGAAACAUUUGCUGCAGUGAGACCGCCGAUUUGUUUGAUUUAUCGUGCACUUUAAAUGAGACUGAAUCAGUGAGAGCUGCUGUCCUCCACAUUUCAAAUGAUAAAUGAUAAAAAAAAUCACAGAAUGAAUGAAGCACCUGUUUACAGCGGGGAAAAUUGAACUUUUUGAUGGUUCUGACUGGAUAUUUCACUAUCACAUGAUCACCCGAUCAGACCGAAAACCAACAAGGUGUGAUUGGUUUAAUCAGAAAAUUAGAACUCUUUGAAUCUUUUUUUUUUUUCAGAUUAUUUUCUGAACUUUUUGAUACAAUCAUUAAUGAAGACUGCUCGUUGUCUGCUGCUCAUUGUCUGAUAAGAAUAUUUAUCUGUAGCUAGCAGUCUGGUUUUUACUUGUGUGCCUUAGACCUCCAUUAUUGUGUAAAGCACAAAGCUGCACAGGGUGAAAAUGUUUUUAUUACUUUUUUUAGUUUUGAACUUAUAAAAUAGGAGAAAGUUUUAGAAAAUGACAUACUUGGACUAUGUCAUAGUUUAAAACAUAACCAGAGAGGUUUAGACUGAGCCCACAUUGUUGGAAAUCCGUAACAGCUGCAACCCACUUUGCAACUCUGCUCGGCCCUGCCUUCUCUUCAAGCUGAAUCUGAUUUACUGGCAAAUAUCAGGUUAAAAUUUGGAGUCCUGUGAGUGUUUCUUGUGUGGCGCUUAAAGUUUUCUUAACUCGAGUUUCUAGAAUCAGAGAUUGGUCGAUGACUUUACCCGCACUGUGUGAACUUGUCUUUCGACUCGAGUCAAAGUUAACCCAAAUCAUAGCUCACGAAUGGCCUUUAUCUGGGUUUAAGGCCAUAUGUUAACAUAAUGCUACUUUGUUCUGCAACACUUCAAGAUUUGGGUUUAAGAUUACAGUAGAACAUGUUUACUGAAGUCUAAAUGAGGUUGUGAGUUCAUGUAAUUAUUGUGAAUGUAAAAGAUACAAAGUUAAAUGAAUGAUUAAAUGAAUAUUGUUCAAA